UUCCAUAAAGUUCUUUUCUCACAACCCAAUUCUCUCUAUAUAUAUUCACUAUCAAACGCACUUUCACGCACAUCACGUUAAGUAAUUUUCUCUUACACACCAUCCAAACACACCCUUAACAUGUCCACCGAUCUCCACCUCCAUCAUCACCAAUUACCUAAGCUCCGUAUCAACGCCGUCGUCAAACUCGACGACAACGUUGAAGAAGACGUCGUCACCACUCCUUCCUCCGAUCAAAUCAUCAUCCCUGACGACGUCGUUGCUAUAGCUGAUACCAUGUCAUCUUCAACCGCAAUCACACAACCUGAUGAAAUAAUUCAAAACGAAAACGACGCCACCGUCACCGCCACCGACGAUGGUACCGUCGUUGACGGAGUAAACGAAAACGAUCAGAGUUACCGGACACCGACGUCAAAGGAAAGUAAGAUACCGGAGAUUCAGGAUUGUCCACCGGCGCCGAGAAAACCGAAACCGUUCGUUUCUUGCAAGAGGAAGCUUAUGGAUGAACUUCAAUUCUUUGAAGUUUCGAAUAAUGAAGAUAUGGAUGCGUUUUUCAGAUCCACUUUUCCUAAAAGAACUUGUCCUUGUACAUGAAAAUUCAAUCUUCAUCUUCAUCAUCUUCUUCAACCUCUCUGCAAUUCGAUCGAACACUAUCUUGGUGCUCGUUGAUCAAAUUACGUAAAUUAAUUACACGAUUUUUGUUCUUCUUUUCUCAAUUUCCUCAUCAAUUUCUUCUUUUUUUUCUUUUGUUUUUUUUUAUAUGUUAAUUAUAUAUUUAUAUAUAUGAAUAUUUCACGAUUUGUAUAAGAUGUGAAAUAUUAAGAUCUGGAUCUUAUAUGUGAAUUAAUUCAAUCCAAUCCAUCAACAUAAUGUUGAAUUCUAUA